UUGUUACAGAGGAACUGCGGAACGUGGUGCUGACGUCACGGCUCCAGCCAGGUGGCAUUCCAAGUGGAGAGAGAGGACGUGGAGCCACAAUCAGAAUUCCAAAUCAGAAUGCAAGUCAGAAUGUGAGGCGCGCGUGUUGUAAAUUUGAACCCUGCAAGCAACGAUUCACGGUCACACACAAUUUUGCACGGCAUAGGAGAUCAAGUGAAAGAAGAGCUGUCGUUUGCAAAAUAGCAGGGUUGGUGAGGAGGAUUACAGAAAGAGUGACUCGGAACUAGAAAAAAAGACCGAAACGGGUUAUCAGCAUGUCUUCUGCACAAGUGUCUUCAUCCAGGAGACAGUCGUGUUACCUUUGUGAUUUGCCCCGCAUGCCGUGGGCUAUGAUUUGGGAUUUUACGGAGCCAGUCUGUAGGGGUUGCGUGAACUAUGAGGGCGCGGAUCGGAUCGAGUUUGUGAUUGAGACUGCACGCCACCUGAAGCGGGCUCAUGGCUUUCAAGAGGGGAGAUCCCCCGGACCACCGCCGCCAGCCGCGGUAAAAGCUCAGGCGGCAAUGUCAUCCAAAGAGACGGUGCAGCUCAACCAUGUGGAUGGAUCCUCAAAACAACAGCAACCGGGGCUGGAUCGCUACUCUCUAAACACCGACAGACCACGUUUUGAUUACCCAGGCAUUAGCACGCAUGCGGGUAGGCUCCCUAACGGCCUGAGCGGACCAAAUGGCUUCCCCAAAACGGACGAUGGUCCCCCCGAACUGAACAGACAAAGCCCAAACUCUCGGAGGAGCCACGGUCUGGUCGCAGUUCCAGGACAAAUGACCGUGCCACCCAAUCUCCUCCCGCAGACACUGCUGAAUGGCCCUCCCGGUGCAGCGGCCAUUGCGCCGCACGGUCUGGCGAGCCGACCCCCACCGCCAUCCAGCAUGGGACAAGCGCUGUCCAUGGCUUCUCAGUCCAUGUCGGACGUGGGCAAAAGACCGGGCUCUGUAUCCAGCACGGAUCAAGAGAGGGAUCUGAAAGAGAAGCAGCGCAACGCGGAAGCUUUGGCUGAGCUGAGUGAAAGUUUAAGGAACAGAUCUGAAGACUGGGCAAACAAACCUAAAAUAGUAAGGGAGACAUUGAUCACACUUUCAAAUAGCACUCCUUUUAAUGUGAGGUUUAAGAAGGAUCAUUCGCUCGUGGGCAGGGUGUUUGCUUUCGAUGCCAUCUCAAAGCCUGGAAUGGACUAUGAGUUGAAAAUAUUUAUCGAGUACCCGAGUGGAUGUGGAAGCGUGUUUUCUAGUGCAUCGGGUGUCGCUAAACAAAUGUAUCAAGACUGUAUGAAAGAUUUUGGUCGAGGGCUUUCUUCUGGUUUCAAGUAUUUGGAAUAUGAGAAAAAGCACGGCUCUGGAGACUGGCGACUUCUGGGCGAUUUAUUGCCCGAGUCGGUCCGUUUCUUUAAAGAGGGAUUGGGCGCUGAAAUGCUGCCACAGCCGUACAUCGACGCCAGUUGCCCUUUGUUGCCUACUGCUUUGGUGAAUAUUCCCCGUGCCUUGCCAGCAGCGAGUGCUCCGAGGACUGGCAUGCGAAAACGCAAGGCGUCCCCGGAGCCCGACUCCGCGGAGGGUGCUCUUAAAUUAUCUGAAGAACAGCAGAGACAACAGUGGAUAGCUAAUCAGAGCGAGGCUUUGAAACUGACGAUGGCAUCUGGGGCAUUCGGAGCCUCCCAUGGGGGUCCCCCGCCGCUUGGACCCAGCCACCCUGUGCAUUCCAGUAGGACCACCCCUCCCGAGACUGCCCCGCAGAACGGACAGUCCCCGAUGGCUGCCCUCAUGUCGGUCGCAGACACUCUUGGCAAUGCGCAUUCGCCGAAAGACAGUAACUCCGUUCACUCCACCACCUCCACAAGACACAGCAGCAGCAGUCCGGUUUCCCCAGCCUCCAUAUCAGGACAGCGUCGUUUGGCUUCCCGCAACGGAGAAAUGAACCUGGCCGGUGCACAGCCUCAGUCCAGCACCCAUCCUAGCAUGGACCAAGGUCAUCCUCAGAGCAUUCCAGACUCUCCUAUGGCUAACAACGGGCCACUGUGCUGUACCAUUUGUCACGAACGUUUGGAGGAUACCCACUUUGUUCAGUGUCCGUCAGUUCCCAACCACAAAUUCUGUUUUCCUUGUUCUCGAGAGAGCAUCAAAGCACAGGGAGCCACUGGCGAGGUGUAUUGCCCUAGCGGAGAGAAAUGCCCCUUGGUAGGUUCGAAUGUGCCUUGGGCGUUCAUGCAAGGUGAGAUUGCAACCAUUUUAGCUGGGGACGUUAAAGUAAAAAAGGAGAGAGACCCCUAGAUGUUUGCUUCCUUCAAAAACACUAAACGCGUCAAGUAUAUAUAUACAUG